UAGCCUCACGGCCCUCACUGACCCAUUGCUUCCCAUUUUGAACUCCAAAAAUUUCACUCCCUCACUCACUCUCUCACUCACACUAAAAUGCGCUAUCCGGCUAAUUUCUUCCCCCUCACCCUGCUUAUCGUACUCGUCUUCAUCAGCCCGGUGAUUGGGUGGCGGCCAUGGCCCCACAACAAAACCGAAGCCUAUGAUUCAGUCUUUGGAGGGUCCAAGAAAUACGAGGGCUCGUCGGAGUUCGUCCAUUUACGGUACCACAUGGGACCGGUCCUGACCGCCAACAUCACCGUCCACACAAUCUGGUACGGCACUUGGCAGAGGAACCAGAAGAAGAUCAUCCGCGAGUUCAUCAACUCCAUCUCCGCUGCCGAUUCCAGGCAGCCCUCCGUGUCGGGCUGGUGGAAGACGGUGCAGCUCUACACGGACCAGACGGGCGCCAACAUUUCCCGUAGGGUGAGUUUAGGCGAGGGGAAAAACGACCGCUUCUACUCGCACGGGAAAAAGCUCACGCGCUUGUCCAUACAGUCCGUGAUCAAGAGCGCUGUAACGGCCAAGACAAAACCGUUGCCGAUAAAUCCGCAGAGUGGGCUCUACCUUCUGCUCACAUCCGAUGACGUGUACGUCCAGGAUUUCUGCGGCCAAGUGUGUGGGUUCCACUAUUUCACAUUCCCGUCCAUUGUAGGGUACACGUUGCCGUACGCUUGGGUGGGGAACUCGGCGAAGCAGUGCCCAGGAGUGUGCGCGUACCCAUUCGCCGUUCCGGAUUAUAUCCCGGGGCUGAAGCCGCUAAAGGCGCCAAACGGUGACGUAGGGAUCGACGGGAUGGUGAGUGUGAUUGGACACGAGAUCGCCGAGCUGGCGUCGAACCCGUUGGUGAACGCGUGGUACGCCGGGCAGGACCCGAGCUUCCCGGUCGAGAUUGCGGAUUUGUGCGAGGGGAUCUACGGCACCGGCGGUGGUGGGUCGUACACCGGGCAGCUCUUCAACGGGGAGGAUGGCGCCACGUUUAACAUGAAGGGGAUCCGACGGCGGUUCUUGGUUCAGUGGCUUUGGAAUCAUGUGGUUAAUUAUUGUACGGGCCCAAAUGCACUGGAUCAGUAAAAAUAUCUCUCUCUCUCUCUCUCUCUCUCUCUCACUCAGUUUCUCUCUGCUGUGUAUUUGGGGGUUUUGCAAUUUCUUUUUUGGUGUCUUGUCGUGGGUUUGAGUUUUGGGAGUGAUUAGUUAAGGUAGUUAAGUUUGUUAAUUAUGUAAUAAUUAAUAUUGUUGUAUACUGUCUUCGUAUACAAAAUUAAAUGGGUGUUCCCGCCUCAUUUGAA